AUGGACCAACGGGAAAUUCUGCAGAAGUUCCUGCACGAGGCCCAGAACAAGAAGAUUAAGAAAGAGGAGUUUGCCAAUGAAUUUCUGAAGCUGAAAAAGCAAUCUACCAAGUACAAGACAGACAAGAUCUAUCCCACAACUGUGGCCGAGAGGCCCAAGAAUAUCAAGAAAAACAGAUACAAAGAUAUCUUGCCCUAUGACCACAGUCUGGUAGAACUGUCCCUGAUGACCUGUGAGGAGGACUCCCGCUACAUCAAUGCCAACUUCAUUAAGGGAGUGUAUGGGCCCAAAGCUUAUAUUGCUACCCAGGGUCCUUUGGCUACAACUCUGCUGGACUUUUGGAGGAUGAUUUGGGAACACAAUGUUCUGGUCAUAGUCAUGGCUUGCAUGGAGUUUGAAAUGGGGAAGAAAAAGUGUGAGCGCUACUGGACUGAGCCAAGACAGCCGCACCUGGAAGUUGGCCCUUUCUCCAUAUCCUGCGAAGCUGAAAAACGAAAGUCUGAUUAUGUCAUCAGGACUCUAAAAGCUAAGUUCAAUGGUGAAACUCGAACCAUCUACCAGUUUCAUUACAAGAACUGGCCAGAUCAUGAUGUGCCUUCAUCUGUAGACCCCAUUCUUGAGCUCAUCUGCGAUGUUCGAUGUUACCAAGCAGAUGAUCGGGUUCCAGUAUGCAUUCACUGCAGCGCCGGCUGUGGAAGAACUGGCGUGAUUUGUGCUAUUGACUACACGUGGAUGUUGCUGAAGGAUGAGAUAAUGCCAGCGAACUUCAAUGUUUUCAGCUUGGUCCAGGAAAUGCGAACCCAGAGGCCAUCAUUUGUGCAGACUCAGGAGCAGUAUGAGUUGGUCUACAGUGCUGUAUUAGAACUGUUCAAGAGACAGGUGGAUGUCUGCAGGAAUAAACACUCUGGAGCAGAGAUUCGAGCCAAGGAUUCCGUCUCUGAGCCUAAUUCCCCUCUAGGAGCAGACCGUUAUUCUCGCCAGAGCUUAGCAGAAAGUUCCACAAAAGAAGCCAGGAGGAUGAGCCAGCAGAAGCGACCAAAGGUGAAGGUGGGCAAAGCGGGGACUUCCGCCUGCGACUUGAGGACCACGGAACUCAGCGGAAGGGACGGGCUUGUUUUGUCCCCUACCCAACAAUCUUCUUUUGACUUUUUGGAGCUAAACUGUGGUUGUAACCAAACUGCAGAGAGAACCAUGGUUGGGGAACCUCUUCAGAAACAUCAGAGCUUGAGCUCCGUUGUGUUUGGGGCGAGCGCUCAUUCAAAACCAGGAAGUGUAGCAGAAAAACAUUUUAAUUCAAAGCAGCCAAUCAUAAGGACCAAAUCAACCCCCUUUGAACUGAUAGAGCAGAGAGAUACGACAGAGUGGGACAUCAAUGACCAUUGUUCUUAUGUGCCAUCUCAACUGCAUACUUCUCGAUUGAUGCAUGCUUCUUCAGCAGAGCUGAAUUCUUCACUGCCACAUGACCGCAAGCAUCAGACACUCAAUGCCUCGGAUGCAAAGCAGACUGGCUAUUGUGGUUUCCGUGUACAUUCAUACACGUCUUUAGUGGAAGACCCCUAUUUCCCACCAUUAUCUCCUGGGAGUGCCGAUUCGAAGAUGUCUCUUGAUGUACCCGAAAAGGAGGAUGGAACAGUUUUUCCUAGUUCCUUGUUGCCAACAUCCCCUACAACCUUCUCUGAUUACAAUUCAAACGAUUCGUUAGCACGGACUCUUCCAACUAACGUUCCCUCACCUUGGAACCAAGAGACAGGAGUGUCCGCAAUGUCUCCAAAGAUAGAUGAUGAAAUCCCCCCUCCACUGCCCGAGCGGACGCCGGAAUCUUUCAUCGUGGUGGACGAGGCUGGAGAAUUGCCACUGAGUACUCCUAACCCCUUAGCUUCAGUUUUAAAAAUGGAACCGUCACCGGAAUGGAGUGGAACAUCCGAGUCACAGGAAUGUGAUGACGCUGUGAGACUUAGACCAAGCCAGAGUGUAAAACUCCAUAGUGCCAACACAGUUCUACCUCACGAUCGCUCUUCCCCACCACCUCCACUUCCAGAGAGAACUCUCGAGUCCUUCGUUCUUGCUGAUGAAGAUUGUUUGCAGGCCCAGGCUGUAGAAACUUAUUCUACUAGCUGUCAUGACACCACGGAAAACUCAACAUCUUCAAAAGAGAUGCUGAAGACUCCUGGGAAAAACUUCACAAGGAGUAAGAAUUUGUAAGAAGCAAGGAAUAAGAAAAAAAAUGUCUGUAAUUCUUCCCCAUCAAGCAAACCAGCAGAAUCUGUUCAGUCAAAUAACUCCAGCUUCUUCCUGAAUUUUGGUAUGCGUGCCGUUUUCCAGUUUAAAAUUUAA